AUGGAUGACAGUCUUACUCUUAAAUCAUUCUCAGCAUCUAGUCUUUGUCGAUGUUUGGUUUUCAACAAUGUCAGUGCCUCACAUAAAUAUGUGGUUGCAAAGGGCAUCAACACUUUCAGUGCCUGCUUUGACAAUCUUGGAUACUCCACCACUGCUAAAGCCCAGAAAUCCACGAAUUUACAGGACUAUCCACCAUCUCCGUAUUUUAUUCUCCUUACCUUUUGGCUACGUAGUACCGGUCUGGUAAGAACAGUGGCGACAUGUAGAUGGCCUCCAUUACUGAGAGCCACACCUUGCCGUGCUUUAAUUGAUGAGCCGAUUGCUCUGAAGGUUUUUCAUCUGCCACAAAGCUUCCCUGUGACCAUGAGAGCACGAAUGACAUGUGAGGAUGGACAUUUAUGGCAGUCUGUCUCUUACUACCACUCUGAUGAGGAUGGAGUUGUAGACUUGACAAAGCACCCCUCUGUCGGUGGUUCAUAUGUUGGCUGUGAACCCAUGGGUCUGUUUUGGAGUCUUCAGCCUGCGUCUGGAAAAAAAAGUCUGAGAUUAAGAAAGAAGCAUGUGGAGUCUCCGUACACAGUUGACGUAUCUGUCCUGGAAGGUCACUUUUCUCCUCUUAAUUUCUCCAAAGAUGAAGAGACUAGCAGAGAGCAUGUGCUGGCUUCUGUCUCACUUCAGCGCUGGUACAUGGCGCCAUACGUGAGAAGGAUCGAAAUACAGCAAAACGGAGUGGUGGGGACUCUAUUUCUUCCUCCAGGUCCUGGUCCAUUUCCUGCAGUUUUAGAUCUGUGGGGUUUGGCUGGAAGCCUCAUGGAGUAUCGUGCUGCUCUGUUUGCCUCACAUGGUCUGGCUUGCAUGACUAUAGCCUACUUUGGUCAUAAAGACCUUCCUGGACCCUCUAAACGCAUCAAUGUGGGAGACUCAUACUUCAAGGCAGCAUGGCAGAUUCUAUGUGAUCACCCACAGGUGUGUGAGGACCGGAUUGCCAUCACUGGGAUUUCAUUUGGAGUCUUUGUAGCGCUACGGAUCGCAACAUCACUUCCAGUCAAUCCGAGGUGUGUGGUUUGCAUCAAUGGACCAUUCUGCAACACCAGCAAGUUAUUCGAUGAGAAUGGAGAGAAUAUUAAGGACGAGGAGCAAAAACACUGGAACAUAAAUGACCAAGGCUAUGUGAGUUUCAAGGAUGGCUGCUUACCCUGUAAUGUUCCACCUGAAAACUUUAUUCAGGUUGAGAAGGUGCGCUGUCCUCUGCUGUUCAUUGUUGGAGAGGAUGAUUUAUGCUGUCCAUCUGUGGAGAAUGCAGAUGAGGUCGAAAGACGACUACGGAAAGCAGGGAAAUCUCACCUGUUUACUCAAGUGUCGUACCCUGGAGCUGGUCAUUUGAUCGAGCCACCAUACACACCCACUGUCCCAAUCUCCAUCUGGCCAAGUCAACCUCCUCAAUAUAUGAUCCAGUGGGGAGGAAAUCUAAAGCAACAUGCAGCUGCGCAGGAGGACUCAUGGCAGAGCAUCCUGACAUUUCUGCAAAGUAACCUAAGAGGAUAGCACAAGGCAUUGUGUUGAACAUAUCCUGUUUGCCUCUUGUGCAAUAAGAUGUGUCUUACUUUGUUAGCUGGACCGAAAUGCAUUAAAUGGCCAUAUGUUAAGGACACCAAGCCGGGGACAUUCUUCUUUGUUUUUCGGCUGUUACCUUUGAGGAGUCGUCACAGCGAAUCAUCUGCCUCCAUCUACCCCUAUCCUCUGCAUCUUCUUCUCUCACACCAACUAACUUCAUGUCCUCCCUCACUGCAUCCAUAAAUCGCCUCUUUGGUUUUCCUAUAGACCUUCUGCCUGGCAGUUCCAACCUCAGCAACCUUCUACCGAUAUAUUCAUCAUCUCUCCUCUGAACAUGUCCAAACCACCUCAAUCUGGCCUCUCUGACUUUAUCUCCGUAACAUGGGUUGUCCCUCUGAUGAACUCAUUCUUGAUCCUAUUCAUCCUUGUCACUCCCAAGGAGAACCUCAACAUCUUUAGCUCUGCUACCUCCAACUCUGCCUCCUGUCUUUUCUUCAGUGCCACUGUCCCUAAGCCGUAGAGCAUCGCUGGUCUCAACACUGUCCUGUACACCUUUCCUUUCAUUCUCGCUGAUAAUCUUUUAUCGCACAACACACCUGACACUUUUCUCCACCCAUUCCAACCUGCCUGUACCGCCCUCUUCACCUUCUUUCCACGCUCUCCAUUGCUCUGAAUCGUUGAUCCUAAGUACUUAAAGUACUGCACCUUCUUUACCUCUUGAUGCAGACCCACCUCCACCUCAAACUCUUCUGUAACACCUACAGCACAUCUCACUACGGUCUUACAGCUCUCAUACAUGUCCUGCACCACUCUAACAUACUUCUCUGCCACUCCAGACUUCCUCAUACAACACCACAGCUCCUCUCUCGGCACCCUGUUGUACGCUUUCUCUAAAUCUACAAAGACACAAUGCAACUCUUUAUUACCUUCUCCAUCAGCAUCCGCAAAGGAAAUACUGCAUCUGAUGUACUCUUACUAGGCAUGAAAUCAUAUUGCUGCUCACAAAUGCUCACCUCUGCCCUUAACCUAGCUUCCACUACUCUUUUCCACAGCUUCAUUGUAUGGCUCAUUAGCUUUAUACCUCUAUAAUUGCCACAGCUCUGCACAUCUACCUUGUUCUUAAAAAUCGGCACCAAUACACUUCUCCUCCAUUCCUCUGGAAUCCUCUCACUCUCCAAGAUCUUGUUAAACAAACUAGUCAGAAACUCUACUGCCACCUCUUCCAAGCACUUCCAUACCUCCAAAGGUAUGUCAUCAUGACCAACAGCCUUUCCACUCUUCAUCCUCUUCAACGCCCUUCUCACCUCACUUUUACUAAUAUUUGCUACUUCCUGUUCCACAACAGUCACGUCUUCUACUCUUCGUUCUCUUUCAUUUUCCUCAUUCAUUACCUUUUCAAAGUACUCCUUCCAUCUUCCCAUUACCCUCCUGGCAUCUGUCAGAACAUUUCCAUCUCUAUCUUUAAUCACUCUAACCUGCUGCACAUCCAUCCCAUCUCUAUCUCUAUCCCUCCUGCCUCGCCAACCUGUACGGAUCCACCUCUCCCUCCUUACUAUCCAAUCUAGCAUACAAGUCCUCAUAUGCUCUUUGAUUGGCCUUUGCCAACUCUACCUCCACCUUACGCUGCAUCUCCCUGUAAUCCUGUCUACUCUCUUCAGUCCUCUCAGAGUCCCACUUCUUCUUAGCUAGCCUCUUUCCCUGUAUACACUCCUGGACUUCAUCGUUCCACCACCAAGUCUCCUUGUCCACUUUGCUCUUUCCUGAUGAUACACCAUACCGUCCUACCUGUCUCCCUGAUCACAUUGGCUGUAGUUGUCCAGUCAACUGAAAGCACAUAGCUGGUCUCAACACCACCAUUCUGUGUUGUCUGGCUACACUCUCCCCUACCAACACUUUGCAGUCACUGAUCUCUUUUAAAUUACAACGUCGACACAAGAUGUAGUCCACCUGAGUGCUUCUGCCUCCACUCUUGUAUGUCAGUCUAUGUUCCUGCCUCUUCUAGAAGAAAGUAUUUACUACUGCCAUUUCCAUCCUCUUUGCAAAGUCCACCACCAUCUGUUCUUCUACAUUCCUGGCUUGAAGACCAAACCUGCCCAUCACAUUUUUAUCACCUCUGUUCCCUUACCAACAUGUCAAUUGAAGUCUGCACCCUGCAUCCUAAGCUUCUAGCCUUGCUACCUUUCCAUCUGGUCUCCUGGACGCACAGGAUAUCCACCUUCCUUCUCUGCAUCUUAUCAACCAACUCUCUUGCCUUCCCUGUCAUAGUCCCAACAUUCAAAGUCCCUACUAUCACUCCUAAACUCUUUUGUUUCCUUUUCUCUCUCUGCUUUUGAACACGCCUUCCUCCCCUCCUUUUUCGACCAUCAGUAGCCCAAUUUCCACCAGCACCCUGUAGGUCAACAGCACCGGUGGCGGUCGUUGUUAACCCAGACCGCGACCGAUCCGGUAUGGAAAUUAUAUUUGUGAUUCGCAUCAUUGAUUUGGCAACGUUUUACGUCAGAUGCCCUUCCUGACACAACCCUCUGCAUUUAUCCAGACUUGGGACUGGCACAAGAAGACACUGGAUUGCGCCCCCCGUGGUUGCAUUCCUUACCAAAACUGCGCUCUAGAGAAAGGCGUUUAUCAAAUGCUUUAAAUAUUCUUAGAUGAAAAGUACAAGGGCCGUUCAAUGCAAACUGGGACUUUUGAUUGUGCAAAAUAAUAAAACAAUUAUUAGAGUAAAAACUUUAUUAAAAAUGUUUUAUUAUUAUUAUUCACUUUACUAUAUUUUCUAUACUAUGCCCUUUAACACUAAUUGCCUUAUCCCAUCAAGUUAGAAAGAUUUCUUAGUACGCCGGAGCCAUGAUCAGACUGUGUGCUCCAUGUCUCUACCUCCUAGGAAAUCCAUUAAUGGCCCAAACAUGUGGAAAUAGAUUAGAGCGAGUUCGGGACUGGAUUAGAGAUGUGGCAAUAACUCACUUUAUGUCCUACAUGUAUCCACCCUUAUUAUUAAUCAUUUCAAUUAUAUCUAUGUCUAAACUUUAACAUUUAUAUUACUUUUAGUGUAAUAUAUAACUCUAUGGUGCAAUACAUAUAUAAAACCCUAUAAGUCGAAUAUACAAUGUGUGCAAUACAGCCUCUGAAAGUGUGCAAUACACUAUGUAUAGUUUAUGUCUAAAUUCCUGCAUAAUAUAUCUCUGACUGCUCUUAUUUAUAUUCAUGUAUAUACAUAUUUGCAUCCUCAUAUUUAUACUACUAUGCUAUCUCUGUGGCUUAAACGGGACCUGGGUCCUAAUUUCGGACCAGAACAUGGAAGUGUGCUGGUGUGACAAUAAAGAAUCCUUGAAUCCUUGAAUCCUUGAAUUUAUACCACCAACAAAUCUGGGUUUCUUCACAUUAAGGACAGCUGUAAGAAAUGGGCUGUGCCAGGUUUACAGUCCAAACACCAGACUAUGCACCAUCAAGACCAAACUGUAUCAAAAUGAAUAUCUUCAACAAAGUAAUUUGUUUUAAGAUGAGUGUUUAUUGAGACAUAAGACAUGACUUAGCACCCCCAGAAGAAAUACAUUUUUGUUUGUUUGUUUGUUUCCCAGCUCUUCAAUAUCAUAUCCACCCACUUCCAGAUACAGUGCAUGAGUUUAUAGACAUAUAUGAGCUCAUAAGAUUUUACCAAUUCUCAGUGAUUCCUAGGUAAAAGAGAGUGUGUAGAGCCUCAUGAGUAUUUAAAGUCACCAGACAAUUUUUUUAUUAUUAUU